AUGGACUUCAUCCUAGACAAGGCCGACGAAUACGUCCUCGACUCCUUCUACAGGUCACUCCCUGCCAUCCCCGUCCCUGAUCUCAUCGCUGGACUCGCCGCCAUCCCCUCCCUCGCAGACUCAUACUCUCUCCUCUCAAAUACAACAACACCACCCCUCGAUACCUUGAAGACUAUCGCCAGCAAUGUCGUCUCCGCAAGCACCGCCGCAGGAUUGACGCUCAACUCCCUCGAGAACGACAACAUCUUCCGCCAAAUCAUCUCGCUCUUCCACCUCACCCUCCUCGGCGCCUUUUUGAUGUAUUUCACCUUUGCCUCGACCUCCUACUUCCUUGUCUUUGACCAGGCACAUACCAAGCACCCUAAAUUCCUCAAGAACCAAGUCAAACUCGAGAUCCAAAUGUCGGUAAAGGCCCUCCCCGGCAUCGCCGUCCUCACCACCCCUUGGUUCCUGGGCGAGGUCCGUGGGUACAGUCUGUUGUACUCGCACAUUCACAACGUCGAUGCCAUUAUCGAAAGGACCGCUGCGGCCAUCAACCCGCCUUCGUCAGUGAUUCAGGAGACCUUUGCCGCUGCUAUCGCUACCGGCGCCCCAAGCCUUAACGCCACGGCCCUCAACGCUGCUGCUCAUGCUACCGCUGCUGCGGAGCACGCUGCCCUUGCCGCCAAGUUUGGACCCCUUGGACCCAUCGUCUCCCCAUUCUUGGACGGUUGGGGUUAUGUCUUCAUCAGCUGCGUGGCCUUCUUGCUCUUUACCGACUGUGGAAUCUACUGGGUCCAUCGCCUCUUGCAUCACCCUCUUGUCUACAAACGUCUACACAAGCCCCACCACAAGUGGAUCAUCCCUUCACCAUACUCCUCCCACGCCUUCCACUUCAUGGACGGCUACCUCCAAUCGGUCCCCUACCACAUCUAUGUCUUCAUCAUCCCCAUGCAAAAGUACAUCUAUCUGGGUAUGUUUGGCGCCGUUAACCUGUGGUCGGUCCUGAUCCACGAUGGCGAGUAUAAGCUCGAAUCCAACGUCGUCAACUCGGCCGCCCAUCACGCCGUCCACCAUCUUUACUUCAACUACAACUAUGGCCAGUACUUCACCUUCUGGGACCGCAUCGGAGGCUCCUACCGCAAGCCUAAAUACGAGGAGCACUUUGAGGUGAAGUCCAAGGCUGAGACUUGGAAGAAGCAGGCCAAGGAGGUCGAUAACUUUGAUGAGUACGGAAAGCCUACUGCCGCUUCAGACGACUCUUUCAAGCCUAAGCCUACCAAGAAGGCUCUGUAA